AUGACAGAACUAUCAUUGGAUGGGCCGACUCUGGCCAUCGCCGAGGAAGUGGAUCUCACGCUUGACGUCAAGGCAACCGAUGUCGCGGGCGAGGACUUUGACUUGGACCUUGGCGGCAGCGCCGACCUGGAACGAGAUGACGGCGAGGGCCCGACAUCGAACUUGACCAAGAUUGAGAUUGGAGCCGAUUUGGAUGAGAUCAACUACGAGGAAGAGACACGCCACGAUGCCGCAGAAGAGAUCGCCACUGCAGAGACAGACAACAUCCGUGCCGACCAAGAAAAUAGCGCACCUACAAACGACGACGCCGCCGACGAGAUCGACUACGAAGACACUGAAAUCCACGCUACGACAACGACACAAGACAGUCACAACGGUGACCACGAUGCCGCACAAAGCAACUAUGUUGAUGUCUCAGAGUCGCAAGAGCACCAUGAGACUGGUGGCAAGCACCGCGAGCAUAACGACAUUGACUUUGGAUUUGAUGACGCUGACGACAGCCACGGCGGAGAGGAGGAGCACGGAGAACACGGAGAGCACGAGGAGCACGAGGAGCAUGAGGAGCACGAGGAUCAUGGUGAGCAUGACCGAAAUGACCACGGAGAGUAUGAACAAGAAGUAGAUGACUCCCACGACUAUGACGAGGAUGACGAAGACGGAGAUAUGGCCGAGCCCAAACAGGAAGACGAAGAAGACGAAGAAGAAGAAGACGAAGAAGAAAACGACGAUAACCGUGGACAGCGUGCUGAGGUCGACCAUGACGAAAGCGACGGUACUGGUCAGGACUACAACGGUGAUGAAAAUGAUGAAGAGGACAGCGACUCAGACUCGGGCCUGGGUGCUCUCCGGAACUUCUACCCAGUGUCAACUUUUGACGUCAUGGUCACAUGGGGCGACCAAGUCUGCCCCCUUUUCAAGACACCCGGUGUUGAGGACCCCGACAUGUUCUAUCUGGAUGACUAUGAGGCUCUGAACUAUCCUCUCUCCAGGUUUUUGCAGACUAUCCGGUCGAGUAUUUCCUCGUGGGUCCGUGCCAGCGAUGAGAUUUUGAUCCGAGUCAAUGAGCUGGGACUCGAGUUUGGAGAGACUACGACCGAGGCACUGCUAAGCCAGGUGACCUUCCACAAUCUGUUGGCUCUGCACAACACGCUCGUUAAGAAUGAUGACUCAGAGUCCACGAAAGGUGUGCAUAUCACGUUGAGCACUCGCCCUAACUGCCUACUGCGUUUGAAAGACCUUGUUGGCGGUGCUGGCUCGGGCAAAGGCCUAUCCGCGUUCCCGUCGGCAGGUACUCGUGUAGAUGAGUCUUCGGAUGACAGUGGCGAGGCAGAAGCAGACUCGGACGACUCCUCGCCAGAUGGUGAGGUUGACGACAUGGUCGAGGAAGACGACGAUGAAGAGAUUGAAGACGACAUCGAGGAAGACGCCGCGGACGAUAUUGAUAUGGCAGGGUCUUUCGACGAUGCUGAGAGCGUUGCCAGCCAAAGCUAUGCCGAGACCGCUGAUAAGGAGGCUGCCCAGCCUGAACUUGACACGCCAACAGCCGACGAGGAUGCCGAUGCCGCGGAGGAAAUUGAUUACAUCAAUUACACAAACGAAGAGGUCGACGACAGUGUUGACGGCGCCCAUCUGGGCCCAGAAGGUGUGACUGACUUGCCCACGCCGCACGCUGAUGUUGGAGACGAGUUUGAGUUUGCAAACGCGGAAGACAACCUUAUUGAUGGCCUUGCCGCCGACGAGGCCAAACUGGAUCAGGGCGAUGACCUAGAUCUUCUAGAAGAUAUCAACGACGACGGCGACAUUGUCAGUCAUGGCCGGGACGGUGCGACCGUGGAUAAUGCGGGUCAUGAAGACCGGCAGGAAAACCAAGACGACUUUUUGGACCUGGGUGGCGACGUUGAUGCUGCCACAUCGGCGGCAACUCUGGAGACUAGCAACAAGGCCGAUGAUCUCGAACCGUCUCUUGACACAAGUGCAACAGCUACCCUGGACAAUGAUGAGAUCGACUACGAGGACAGCCGCCCUGAAGGAGAAGAGACCCAAGCAGCCGUCGAAUCGGGCGCUGAUGAGAUCGACUGGGAUGUAGAGAUUAAGAACACAGCUCCUGCAGACGCAACAGAUGCCUCCCCAGCAGCCUCAGGAAAGCGAACGAGAGAGGUGGAUGAGUCGGGCGAUGCCCUGCUUGGUGACCUACCAGAUGUCAAGCGAGUCCGGACUGGCAACACGCCAUGA